AUGGGCUUGCCACGGCCGCACCGCACGCAAUACCCCGCGGUGGCGAAGGGUGAUUUCUUGGAGUUGCAGAUUUGUGGUGUCCAUGGCUAUGACUUCAAUCUGCGUGUCUCUGAAAGCAUCUCUGGAAAGGACUUGUUGGAACUGGUGAGAGGAUACCUACCAUCCAAACGUGGUGCAGCUUUGUGGCUGCUGUGGAAAGAUCAGAAGAUUUCGUUGACCAAAACAUUGAAAGAGGAAGGUCUGCGAGACUCGCCAGUGGUCAACUAUGUUUUUGCCAGGGCCAAUAUGCCACUGGGCGGCAGGGCAGUUGCCCGGAACAUGUUGACCAAACCAGCGGAAACCUGGUUGGAUAGGUCCACCGCUUGGAAAACCUUGAAAUGUCGCGCCGCCGGCAUUUGGAGCGACGGUUGCGGAAGCGACGAAGGACUGGAGGGGCUGACAGCGGUGUACUACGAAGGGAGGCAGCUGGAAACCAUCCUGAAUCAGGUGCGCAUCUCAGGCACCGUGGAGCGUGUGGUCUUUGAGCACUUCGAUCGAAGCUUGAAGCACGUUGUCUUCCCAAAGAAUUUGCAAAGUCUGACGUUCAGCUACAACUUCAAUCAGAGUUUGAAGAACGUGCGUUUUCCCAAAGGAUCCUUGGAAUUCUGA